AUUUACACCCCGUGACCAAAACGAUGUCAAACUGAGGAAGUGGAAACUUGGCUUUGAAGUGGGUUUUUGAAGACCUUUGUUGAGUAGCCAACAUGCAGAGCACAGCAAACUAUCUGUGGCUCCUGUCAGAUCUUCUGGGACAAGGAGCCACGGCAAAUGUAUUCCGUGGGCGACACAAGAAAACAGGGGACCUUUAUGCUGUGAAAGUAUUCAACAACCUCAGCUUCCUUCGCCCUUUGGAUGUUCAAAUGAGAGAGUUUGAGGUCCUGAAGAAGCUGAAUCACAAGAACAUUGUCAAGCUCUUUGCAGUGGAAGAGGAGUCCAACACAAGACACAAAGUGCUGGUGAUGGAGUUUUGCCCCUGUGGGAGCUUGUACACCGUGUUAGAAGAAUCUUCAAAUGCUUAUGGACUUCCAGAAGCAGAGUUCUUGAUUGUGCUGCAAGAUGUUGUGGCUGGAAUGAAUCACCUGCGGGAGCAUGGCAUUGUCCACCGGGAUAUCAAGCCAGGAAACAUCAUGCGUAUGAUUGGAGACGACGGACACUCUGUUUACAAGCUGACUGACUUUGGAGCAGCCAGGGAGCUUGAAGAUGACGAGCAGUUUGUUUCGCUUUAUGGGACAGAGGAGUACUUGCAUCCAGAUAUGUAUGAACGUGCAGUCCUGCGAAAAGACCAUCAAAAGAAGUAUGGUGCAACUGUUGAUUUGUGGAGCAUUGGAGUCACGUUUUACCACGCUGCUACCGGCAGUUUGCCAUUCAGACCGUUUGAAGGGCCACGCAGGAAUAAAGAAGUCAUGUAUAAAAUCAUCACUGAGAAGCCAUCUGGGGCAAUAUCUGGAGUCCAAAAGUCUGAAAAUGGGAAGAUAGAAUGGAGCGCAGAGAUGCCGGUUUCAUGUAGCCUCUCUAAGUGCUUGCAAAGCCUUUUGACACCAGUUCUUGCAAACAUCCUGGAAGCUGACCCGGAGAAGUGCUGGGGGUUUGAUCAGUUUUUUGCUGAAACCAAUGAUAUCCUUCACAGAAUGGUGGUCCAUGUCUUCUCUUUACAGCAAGUCACCAUGCACCAACUAUAUAUACACAAUUACAACACGGCUACAUUGUUUCAAGACCUUCUCUUUAGGGGUACAAACAUUGCCCCCCAAAAUCAGGAGCUAAUCUACGAGGGCCGGCGUCUGGUGCUAGAUCCCAAUAGACAGAUACAGCACUUCCCCAAAACCUCCCUGGAAAACCCUAUCAUCCUGGUGAGCCGUGAACACGUCAACACCAUGGGGCUGUUAUACAAGGAAGUGCCAGCUCCCAAGCUGCAGCCUCGCUAUGAUUUGGACUUGGACGCCAGCAAUGCGAAGAGUUUAGCGGGGGACGCCUGUUAUCUAUGUACAGUUUCCAGUUUGUUUCUGCUUGAUCAAGAAUCUGUGCGAAAAGGAGUGAGUGCUCUAAUUGAAAUCAUGAAGGAAGAUUAUAAUGAAACAGUGCAUAAAAAGGCUGAAGUUAUUCAAAUGUGCAACUUCUGCAGCCAGACACUGGAGAAAACCGAGAAGCUGUGUGAUGUUUUGAUGCAAGCAAACUUAAUGUCAUCAGAAAUUAAUGAAAAUUCUGAGAUUCGCAAAAAAAUCAUACGUCUUUCCAGUUCAAUGGGGGCAUUGGAGAACACGCUGCAGGAUGUGAAGAACACAUUUUUGCCAGGAGGUUUACUUACAGACACCUGGGCACAACAAGAGGGUACCCACCCUGAAGACAGAAAUGUUGAAAAAAUCAAAGUGCUACUCAACUUGAUCACGGCAAUUUACCUUCAGUUUAAAAAGGACAAAGCUGAACGCCGUCUGCCUUAUAAUGAAGAGCAGAUCCAUAAGUUUGACAAGCAGAAGCUUUUACUUCAUGCAACAAAAGCAAGAACACUGUUCAAUGAUGAAUGUGUCGUGAAGUAUCAGAAAUUUCUUGCCCAGACUGAAGAAUGGAUGAGGAAAAUGCAUCAUGUAAGGAAACAGCUCCUCAGUGUCACCAACCAGUUCAUUAACAUUGAGAAAGAGCUCUCUGUGUUCAUGGAUCGGGUUUUCCAGUUACUGGAGUUGUUGCCACAGAAAAUCCUUCCAAUGACAUCCAGUGGGAUGAAGCCACAAGUGUAUUUGAGUCAGAACACCUUAGUGGAAAUGACACUAGGAAUGAAGAAGCUAAAGGAGGAAAUGGAAGGGGUUGUGAAAGAGCUAGCAGAAAACAAUCAUUUUCUAGAAAGAUUUGGGUCAUUGACUAUGGAUGGUGGGCUGAGGAAUGUCGAUCGGAUAUAAUGAUCUGUUUUUAUGUGAUAAAUUCAUGUUUGUAUAUAACACUGUACAUAGAGAGCAUGUCAUUAAGAUGGGUUAUACUUGUUCUCGUGGUGUGUUUUCUCUUGAGCAGCACUUUGGGUGGGCAAGUGGACCACGAAACUCAAGCAGAGCAAUCAUUCAAAACUUAAACUACUAAUUACAUUCUUCAAAAUAUGUGUCUAUUAAUGACCAUGUUGCAUAGAUAUAGUUUCUAUAACAGCGACACUGGUUACAAAUUAAAGUUUAAAAUGGACAUUCUCUUACAGAAUAGGCUUCAGUGGCAAUGACUUGUCCCUUAAUACAGUUAAUGAAAAAUCUGUACAAAACCACUUCCAAAUGGGACUGAAAAUACAGCUGCACAUCCUGAGUGGUCAAUUUUAGAAAUUCUGUUUGUAGGUGUCAUUCCAGUAGCAGACUGUUCUAACUAAAGUACCUAUCAAUUAAAUAUACCCUCCUGGGUUCUUUUUGAUUUUUUUAAAUAUAUUUUUUAAAUGUAAAAUCUGUCUUACUUGCUGAUACUACUGAUUACAGGUUUCAUUAUAAAAGUUUCCCAUAGUACAAGCAUAGCAAAGUGUAAUAAAGCAUGGUAAAACAUAGGUAAGGAUGGCAAAGCUCAGCAAGGUUUGGUAAUGGUAAGCAUAUUAAUAAACAUGGUAAACUAUGUGUUUUAUAACCAUGAGAAAAGCAUGGUAAAAGUGCAAAAAUACUGGGGGCAAAACUCAGUGGUAAACUUUUACAAGGCUUGCUAAACUUUAACUACUUUAACUACUUUCGAAGUAGUUAAAUGUUCCUGUUAUUUCCUUAUUUUGAGUGGCUUUCACCAUUUCUUUUUAGCAUUAGCAACAUUAUCACUGGCCCUCCUUGUGCUGACCAUUUCUUGGUUCUUUACUUGAUUAUAUUUAGGGCUUCUGAUUUUCAGGUUUUAACCAAUUUAACACCAAUAAAACACCCCGAUACAAAAAAAAAAAAUGAAAUCGGUGUAUGUCCAACAAACACCGGAGAAACACUGGAAAUGGUUACUCAAUUCACACUGACUUCACCAGUUUUCCAUAACUACUACCUUUCCCAGUGCAAUUAGGCAGUGUCCCUCCUUCCUGACUUGUAUCUCGCAUUGAUUCUUUCUGAAUACUUUAAACCCGCUCUGUGGCAGCAAAUUUCCAGAAAGUUUUCAGAAUCUAGUUUAUGGUGAUCAAAUUACCUUACAUACUGCAUAUCAUUUCUGGUUAAUUAUUUGAAAUAAAUCUGCCCAAGUUGUAAAAAACACACACAUCGAAUACAGUCUUCCAUUGAACUCCUAAAUGAGAAUAUCGGUGCAUUUACUGUGUCUGUCCUGGUAUUUUACUGAUUGUUUUAGACUUAACCUACAUUGUCAUGGUCAUGAAUUACUUGCACCUGUAAUGCCUUAUUUAUAUUCCCGACAUGGGCUAUGCAUGCUACUGCCAUGCCUUGUUUGUGUUUCCAACAUGUUUUUGUAGUAGCAGCUGCUCUCUCUCCCUGCCUGACUCUUCAAUUGCCAGGCUCCCAUGGUGACCAUCAAUGAGGAAAAUCCUCCCCUUCAACAUUCUCAUAUCACCAUGGCAACCAAAACGUCAGCCUUUCCAGAAAGACACAAAAACAGAAUGGAUGAAUUUUAAAAGAAACCCCUGUGAAUAACACCAUGUACCCUGACACAGAAAUGCUCAAGUGGCAAGAAAAAAAAAAAAAAAGAAUAUACAGAUUUAAAUUGUAUUAGUUUAACUCCACUGUCUGUUACAACAAAACACAUUAUAAUAAAACAUUUGAAAAAUAUGUGAUAUGAUUAUAUUACUGUUAAAUGUUUACUGUUCUUCAUAAAAGCCAAACAGGCACAAAAAAAAGAUAAUGUGCAAAUAAUUUACAAUAUUUAAACUGCAUUCAUUCAUGCAACCCUAAUGAUAAAGUCAUGUAGUGAUCAAUGUGUGUACAGUUUCUGGCACUGUGCAAGGUUAUUUUACAAACCUACAGCUAUGGCCAAAGGUUUUGCAUCACCCUGUAGAAUUAACUAAUUUUGCUUCAUAAAGUCGAAUUAAACCUGAUGAAUAAUGUUAAGUAAACUUAAUGAAUUACAUACCGUGUUGUAGUUUUCCAUAUUGCCUCUAUUCUGACCCAAAACUCUUUAAAAAAAUAUUUGCAUCCAUUGAUAAUAAACUAAGAGCCCAAUUACAUUUUGAUUUGCUUGUUAUUUCUAUACACUUAGCACUGGAUGGGUGGUUAUAGUACAUGUUUUGCCCAUUUUUGCAUUGCAAUUGUAGAACAGACUGUAAAACAGUUUUGUGCUGCUUAAUGAAGAAUGGAUAUCUCAUCAUUGGUAGUGAAUGUAUUUAUUAACAUAUUCAAAAUAGGAGAAGACUUUUUUUUUUUUUAUUCAGGGAUACCAAGAUACUUUGUAGAAAAGAAUUUGAUGGGAAAGAACAUGCCCACCGGCUGUCGUUCAUCAUUUAUACAAAACUGAUACAUUUUGGGAUACCACUGUACCACUGCUUGCUCAUUAAAAUUAUUAUAUUUAAAUAGCAGACAAUUAACUAUUCAGUUAUACAAAGAUAUUUAGUAAGAAAGCUGUCUUUUUUACACCUUUUAAAACACUUACAAAAUUACACCUCAAAAGUCUUUAAUUAUUCAAUUUCUACUAUUUAGGUGUGUCUUCUUUUUAGAUUAAAAAAGCUUAAAAAUAGCUUUCUAAUUUAUCCAAUUUUUGGAUACAGCAGCUACACAAUAGCUCACAUCACAUCUCUCCUCUAUUCUUAACAUAUCUGUGUUCCAACAAAAUAUUCUAAUCACCUCAAUACAAUAGAAUCAAUACAUAGAUAGUUAGCAAGAAUAUGAUCUCUGAGAAAAGUUACCGGUUUAUAAUCACGUUCCUAAAUGUAAUUCAUAUAAUUCAUGUAACUGACUUUUUUUUUUUUUUUUUUUUUUUAAAUACCAUGAACAGCACAUGUUUCUUAAAUUAAUUCAUAUUAUAUGACAAAUGCAUUGAUAUUUAAAUACUGUAACCCUGCCUUUAUUAGCACAGUUCAACAUGAAGUAUCUAAUAAGUUUUCUGAACCUGCUGUUACAGCAAAGCAGAAUGGCAUGGCAGGUGUUAAGUGUCGUUCUAACUGGAAAGGGACCUUUUUUUGUAUCGAACAGAUAGGUCCAAUAGAUACACACCAGCAUGGAGAAGAGGGCUACUUUACAAUGUAACGCCUUCAGAGACUUAUCAAAACUUUUCAUUACUGUGCAGUCAGAUACAUUUGGGAAAUUCUUGGAAUGUGCCACACCGCUCCAUGUUAGUCUGCACCUAUUGCAGUCAAAACUGCACACUUGAGACCUAUAUAAUGAAUAUAUCUGCAUGGCAUAGAACGUUUAUGGAACUAUUUUGUCAGCUACAUUUACUUUAACUCUGACUGAAACUCUCUUUUCUAUUCACGAUCACAAAUCCUGCUGUGUCUAAUGCAGAGGACAUGGUUGCUCUGAACUAAUGCAGGGUCCUUGAGAGGACAUUGAAGAGAAAAUCUCUUUGGAGGAAUGGUACGCUCCGCAAUCAAUCACCCACACCCUGUAAUUCUCUACGUGAGAUGUGAGACUCACAGGCUAGCCUCAAUAAAGCCUGCAGCUCUCUGUGUCUGAGUCAGGUUAACCAACCAGCCAUACUGCCCUUGAUACAUGUUAUAAUAUGGAAAGUUGAUUGCCAUUUUCUGUGUUGCUAUGCUGACAUCAUUUGUCUGUGUACUUUGUUUGAACUUAAGGUUGUAUGAAGAUGUUGUAAAGACAAUGUAAAAAUAAGUCUGCAGAAUUACACUUACACAAUGAUUAUGUACUUUGAUCCUUUUUAACUCAAAAUAAGAGUUUUAUAAUAAAUAUAUUAGUUUGUGGUUGAAAUCCACAAACCAGAUAAGUUUCAAUGAUAACAUAAUUGCUGGCCUUUUACGACAAUUAAAAAAUCAGAGCGAGAAAACAAAGACUGCUGUACCCUCUGGUCUCUGGAAUUGGUAAAUAUGCCUUUUCUGUAAUGUUUGCUGUUUUAUUAAUAAAGUUUAUUAAACUUUAAA